CUCGUCACUCGCUCUCGGCCCCUGGCUCUUCCCCGUCCGCCGUAGCUCUCCACAAUCUCCGCCGCCGUAGCAGCAGCGACUGAACGAAGGCCGAAGAUCUCGUCACUUGCUCUCGGCUUCUCUUCCCCGUCUGCCGCAGCUCUCCACAAUCUCCACCGCUGCCGUAGCAGCAGCGACUGAACGAAGGCUGAAGAUCGACGCAGCCUCGCCGCCUCCGCCUGAUUCAACAAUCAAGUAACGCCCUUUUCCUCUUCUAGGUUUUCUUUUUAAGAUUUGACUGAGGAAAACGUGAUCUGGUUAGUUGCUUGAACUUACAUAUACAUGAUCCGACUUCAGUACAUCAACAGCUGGUAGGAUUGGGGGUUUUGGUUUGGAGUUCAAUUGGGGCUUUUUUGAAGUUCUAGUAAUGGCUUGCUUUCUUGUAAUUGUUGUGAUGGAAGUCCAAUAGAAAGGCAGAACACUCGUUCUAGGGUCUACCACUCUUUCUUUAACUUCAUUCUUAAAGCAGAAGAAGCUCUGCUGGUCUGAAGUUACAACCCAAAAAAGACUCGAUCUUUAAUUUCCUUUCUCCAUAGAAUUGCUCCUGGAUGAACUAAAACAUUGUGUUAAGCUAUAGAAAACAUCCCUUGUUUGAGUUUGAGGUGUGACUAAGGUACUAACUAAAAGGGAAUUCCCCAUUCCUUUGUUUCCUUCCCUAGAAAGAGAAGUUGAAGCAGGCUAUUAGAGGGAACGAGAUGGCUACUGAACAGAAAGGAGUUGAUGAUGAGCAGCAGGCUCAGGCCGUGGUGACAAAUGGCACUUCCUCUGGUGGUUUUCAAGGGAGAGUGUUGGAUCAGUAUCGAAAGCUAAAAGAGCAUGCAGAAUCUUACCCUUAUGUGUGGGGUUCCUACAUUGUUGUGUACGGUGGGUUUGGCCUCUAUCUCACCUACAGAUGGAGGAAGCUCCGGCAGACCGAGGACAGAGUUCGGGGUCUUCAGGAAAGGCUUCGCAAGCUCGCUCAAACACAAGACUCUGCUACUGCUGCAUCAUCUUCCUCUGCAACAUCGUCGUCAUCAUCGUCAGCCACUACUAAAGCCACUUCCAAAUAGCUAGCCAACCUAUCCAGAGAACUACUUGGUUUGGUGAAGUGGAGCCAACUUCCACAAGGUAAACAACUCCUUAAUCGGAAUUAGUUAUAGUCUUUUCUUUAGUUAGGAGGAUUCAGUCCAUUAAGGAGGGGCUUGGCCUUCUUUUCGGUUCAAAGUAACCUUACCAUGUAUACAACAUGCAAUUGGAGAGAUGAAUGAAAGUUUAAAGCUUAUUGGUUCUUCUGUUCCAGGCUUCCUGGCUCCAGCCCAUUUCUAUGUUAUACUUUCUUCAAAUUUAUCUAGUAGCUAACUGUAUUGUGACGUUUCAUUGCUGGUGGUGAAACGUUGACCUCAUUGUACAUAAUUCAGCAGAGCUUAAACUCUUUGCUUCAGGAGCUGGGCAUCCUCUUUUUUCUUUUAUAUAUGGUUUUUACUUUUUGCUUUGGAUCUGGGGAAAAGGGACCAAGAAACUAAUCAAAAUAGCAACCCAGAUUUUCAGGGAAUCCUUACUUGAUUUGGACUCCUCAGAAAGCUAAGUGAAAACCAAAGUGAUAACUUUUGACUCUUCAACUUACUGCUCCGUGACUUGGAUUACAAGGCAACAAGUAUAGGAACCUUGCAAAUUCAGGUACCACAAGUUUCAAUGUCUUACUUUUCGGUACCUGGUAUUUUACUUUUUUUCUUCUUUUGUGAACCCCAAGAAGAUUGUAUUUUCUAGUUCAGGCCUCUUACCUAUCCUUCCAAGCAAAACCGCAGUGCAUUGGGAAGUACAAAAUUCAGAUCCUAAGUUGCAUUCAGAACAGUUUUGUUAUAGACUAAAAGAAAGCUUCAAGUAUCAACUAAAAUUCAGCUGUAAUG